CAGGAUAGACGUAGGCUGUAGCCUUGAUCAACAUGAAUAAAUACUGAGUGUGUCUGGACCCACCAUCAGUCUCACUGGUACCACUGGGUCCUGCAAAACCAUGCUUCGCCUCAGCACCACACUCUUGCUGGCAGCGACCUGUCUGCUUGUACGUCCAGGCGUUGCCAUAGAGACAACUACCACCUGUGAACCCAGAACUGUCCAUCGCCUGAGCUGUGAUUCCGGAGUGGUCAUUGUGGAGGAAGUGCUGUACGGACGUGCAGACAGUCUGACCUGCGGCGCGGGAAGACCUCCGGGGCAGCUUGCCAACACACAGUGCUCUCUCGAGGGAGCACUGAGCGCCGUCAAGACAAGGUGUGAUGGAAAAAGGGUGUGUGAAAUAAACCGGGAUGUCUUCGGAGCAACUGAUCCCUGCGUCGGCACCUUUAAAUAUCUCCAGACCAAGUACAACUGCCUGCCAGCAAUUCACCUUGUAACAUGUGAGCACUCUUUGGCCCACCUGCACUGUGAUGUCGGACAGGUUAUAUCUGUCUUUGGUGCUGAUUAUGGACGCCGCGACCAGACCACAUGCAUCUACAAACGGCCUGCCUCUCAAUUUCUAAAGGUCGACUGCUCAAACCCCACCAGCAGCGUUUCUGACAGCUGCGGUGGGAAAAACAGCUGUAGUUUCAGCGCAAGCAACUCAGUGUUUGGAGACCCCUGUCCCGGCACUUUCAAGUACCUGGAGAUUGCUUACGUCUGUGAAUAUCCUACGACCAUUCAAGAGGAUACCAAAGAACUCUUCACCUGGCAGAUGAAUACAGGUGUCUCAGCCAUCAAUCAACCCACUGCUCACCUCAGACCGCAUCUAUCUUCUGAAACCAUGCCUUGCUUCAGACUCAGCACCACACUUUUGCUGGCAGCAGUAUGUUCGCUCAUGGCAGCAGUUGCUUCCAAAGAGAGAGUUGUCACCUGUGGCAGCCUGAGAAACGUCCAUCACCUGACCUGUGGUCACGGAGUGAUCAGAGUGCAGGCGGCAGAGUAUGGACGUAAAGACAAUAUGACCUGCAGUGUGAGAAGACCUCGGAGACAGCUGGCCAAUACAAAGUGCUCUCAAGCUGGCACAGUGAACGUCCUCAAGAGCAGGUGUGAUGGCAAGAAGGAGUGUGAUCUAAACAUAAACGUUGUGCGCAACCCUGAUCCCUGCCGUGGCAUCUACAAGUACCUGGAAACCAUCUUCGCCUGCUUCCCAGCAAUUCACUUUUCUACAUGUGAGGGCUCUGUGGCAAACCUCCAGUGUGCUGAAGGACAGAUUAUAUCUGUGUACGGUGCUCACUAUGGACGCACUGACCAGACCACCUGCACGUACAAACUGCCCAGUUCUCAGAUUCAAAAAAUCAACUGCGCACGCUCAGUCACUGGCCCUGUUUCUAAAAGCUGUAAUGGGAAGAACAGCUGUGCCAUCGAGGUGGGAAACUCAAAAUUGGGAGGAGACCCCUGUGGAGGCAUUUACAAGUACCUGGAGGUGGCUUACAUUUGUGAAUAUCCUAUUUCUUGAAAAGUUGACUCCAGAGUAACCUGUGUCACAACAUACAGAAAUAUACCUAUAUAUCAUAUACCUAUAAACAUGCAUUUAAUCAAACACAUUUGUCAGUUUUUAAUCAGCUAGAGAAAUGACACAAUAACCUUAGAAUCAUCUUCCAGAAACAUAACUAUACUAUCUGUAGCUACAAUGGCUGAACAAAGAAAAACAACAAACCUACAGACACAAUGAAAAAAAAUAUUUUACAGGAAAGUUUUUUUUAAUCUUUUUUUUCCCAUAAAACAAUGAAUGUCUGUAGAUUAACAGAUAUGUGCAGAUAUAAAAGUUUACCUUUAAAAUUACAAGUAAUUGAAAUUGUUUUAUAAUGACAAUGUAUUUUUUUAUUUGCAUACAUUGUAAGUGUAAUUUUACAUUAAAUGUGAGGUCAUAUUUUACAGAUUUUUCCUGUUCCUGAUAAUGAAGAAAUGCAUGUAAAAUUUACAGAAAUCAGUAGUCAAAGUGUUUUUUCUUUAAAAUCAAGGUAUGUGGUUAAAAAGUGAUUUUAUGUGUUAAGGGGUAAUUAAUAGUAAUUGUACAAGCUAAAUAGUAAACAUUGUGUGUGGCAUAUGAAAUAAAAUGACUGAAAACA